AUGGCCAAUAUGGCAGGUGCCAUUGAGGAUAUGGCAGACAGCGCCAUACAAUGGCAAACAACAGAUGGCAAUCAGUGGAGGGGUCCAGAAAACUUGCUUCGACGGGAAGCUUGCAUAUUGAGAAUGGAGACAGGAGAGUGCUCUGCUUCAACUUCAGCUUCAGCCAACCUGUCCGAUGAAAUUUGGGCCAAUCUUGUUCCGUCAGACCAGAGAUAUUCAGAUGUGGAGAUAAGAUCAGAUGAAAAAGUAAUAUCUUCAGAGAUAUCUGCUGCUUCUAGUGACAAACAUAGCUGGUGCAAAAUAGUAAGGAAUCCUGACCUGUGUUCGGCCACAAUGGAAAACAUGAGUAAAAAUACAAUUCUUGUUGAUGGGGCCAAAGUACAAAGUGAUGACACCAUUGUCAUUAAGGAUGGAAGUCAAAUUAUCCCAGGUCCUGAUAGAGAAGGAUUUGUCAGCUACAAAUUUCAUAUAAUGUCUAGGCCAGAUAUCUCCCAGAGGCAGCUAAAGAUAUGUGUAGAUGCUGAUCAUGCAAAAUGUAGCAUUUGCUUAAACAUAUGGCAUGAUGUUGUUACUGUUGCUCCAUGCCUCCACAAUUUUUGCAAUGGUUGCUUCUCAGAGUGGUUAAGAAGAUCAAAGGAAAGACGAUCAGCUGUACUUUGUCCUCAAUGCAGAGCAGUUGUUCUCUUUGUUGGAAAAAAUCACUUUUUGCGUGUCAUUGCUGAGGAUAUGCUAAGGGCUGAUUCUUCACUAAGACGUUCUCAUGACGAAGUUGCACUUUUAGAUACCUAUGCAUUAGUACGAUCAAACCUUGUCAUUGGAUCUGGAAAGAAGAAUCGAAAGAGGGCCUACACUUCACUGGAUGAUCAAAGUGAUGGCACAGACCAUCAGUGCCCACAGUGUGUUACUGAAGUUGGUGGGUUUAGUUGCAAUCAUGACACUGUUCAUCUCCAAUGUCAAGCAUGUGGAGGAAUGAUGCCUUCCCGCACUGGUUUUGGCAUUCCUCAGUAUUGUUCGGGUUGUGAUAGACCAUUCUGUGGAGCUUACUGGGAUGCUCUAGGAGUAACUGGGAGUGGCACGUACCCUGUUUGCUCCCAGGAUACACUUAGACCUGUCACUUCAGCCACGAUCUUUGCCCUUUUCUUUCAGAUCUCAGAACACCCUAUUUCGAGAAUUCCGUUGGUAGCACAUGAAAAGAAUCUCCAUGAACAGAAUAUAACUGAAAGUUGCAUUAGACAAAUGGGAAGAACAUUGCCGGAUGUGAUAUCCGAGUGGAUAGCAAAGCUGGACAACAGAGAAAUUGAUAGAUCUCGAAUGAUGCUAAAUCAUGCUGAGAUGAUUACUGCUCGGACUUUUCUUUAUCAUGCUUUUGUUUUUGCACUCUACCACCCAUUUCCAAUACCAACCUUCUAA